AUGGCAAACCCGACGACGAUAACUAGAAACGCGGCUCUCCUCGGUACAUCUUUCGCCGAACAUUAUUACGCCGUGAUGCGUACUACACCGGAGCACGCGGACAAAUUCUACGACGAUUCCGGUGAGUACCAGACGGUGUACGAGGAUUGCACUGCCGUCAUAGCCAGGACCCGGCAGCAGGUGCAAGAGGUGUUGUCGCGACCCAUGGCGGCGUCCAAGUUAACCGUUCAAUCGAUUUUUUCCGUACCAUAUGGUGGAUCGGUUGAACGCCUUCUGGUUAUCGUGACUGGUCAAUCGUUCGUGCACGUAUUCGUCGCGGAGUACAGACCGAAACGGUUACUUAAUUACGUCAUUGUAACGUCUCUAGUUCAAUAUGUUCACGCCGGACAAGCCGGCGAAGGCCCGAAUCAGAAAACGACUCUCGAUACAGGCGACUGUCGAAUUGGCAUCAGCAACGAUCGCACACCGACGGCUUGUUUAAAAGCGAAGAAACAAGUAGUAUCUUCGCAAUAUUUAACUAACUACCAUAACCCGUUUCCCAAUACCGUGACCGAUAACGUGCAACCCGAUAUCAUCAUCGAUAAUGCACUUUUCAGGUUUAUUAAUAACAUAACAAAUCCCGCCAAAAUCACUAUCUCUCACGAACCCCUUCCCGCUGCAGCAACAGAUAACACAUCGACAGCAGAUUCAAAAGCGAACAAACACGUACGAAUUACCUCCGAUAAAGCUACAAACCACGAAACCCUUAUCGAUAACUUUAAAGAUAGCACGCAACACGGCAUCGUCACUGAAAUCCCACCCAUCAUAUUUUUAAAAUGUGAAUCCAAUCCCAUAGAAACCAAAACCCCCAAAGAACCCUCACCUCAGAAUACGGCAAGCAUAAAUGUAAAUCAAAAUUUAGUCACGGAGAACCCACCUUCUUCAACCUUCAACCGCUUACCCAGUCCAUCCCAAAUGUCUACUCCCCGUGAACCCUCCUUGAAUUCCCCCCCCAAAAACAAUCAUCUAAAAUUCGGCACUGAAAAUUCGCAGAUCCAAAUAUUAAAACACGUCCCACCUCCAACUGAAAUAAAACCCUCUCGUAAACCUCUUCCUUCAAUCCUCGCCACUUAUUAUUCACAACUCGAUUUGACCGACAAAAACUCACAUGUUCCAAUCUUAAACCGCGAACCCAAUUCCACCGAAGUAUCAACUCUUCACGAAACAUCUACUCCGAAUACGGCUAGCAUUAAUUUACAUCAAAAUUUAGUCACGCCAAACCCACCUACUACAACCUUAAACCGCUUACCAAGUCCUUCCCAAAUGUCUACUUCCCGUGAAAACUCUACGAAUGCCUUCACGAAAAAAAGUCAUCAAAAUUUCGCCACCAGAAAUACGCAGAUCAAAAUAUCAAACCACGUCUCAACUCCUCCGGAAUUAAAAUCCUCCCGCAAACCUCUCGCUUCAAUCAUCGCCUAUUAUAAUUCAAAACACGGUUUGGCCGAAAAAAACUCACCUGGUCAAAUUUUAACUCGCACACCCAAGUCCACCGACGCGUCAACUGCUCAAGAAUCAUCUACUCCGAAUACGGCUAGAAGAAAUGUAAGUCAAAAUAUAACCACGCAAAACCCACCUACUACAAACUUUAUACGCGUACCAAUUCCUUCCGACAUUACCGAAUCCCGCGAACCUCACGCCAAUGCCACCACCCAAAACAAUCAUCCAAAUUCCGUAACCGGAAAUUCGCAGAUUGAAAUAAUAAAACGCGUCCCAAGACCACCUGAAAUUAAAUCCUCCCGCAAACCACUUUCCUCAAUCAUCGAUUUUUAUAAUUCAAAAGGUUUAGCCGAAAAAUGA